CUUAACUUAGCGAUGAGGUAGUGAUAUUAUCUAGCGAAGGCUAAACGCUUCGGUAGCAUAUACGAGGUGUAUGCGCGUGCAAAACGAAGCAAUGUAUCACUGAACUUGCGCAUAUAUACCCACUGCUUUUGUUUACGGUUUUAUGAUUAUCGUAUCUUCAUUACGAGAUGUACACAGCAAUCCUUUAUGUUGUAUUGUUGACGCUGGUGGGGCGGCUACACCUCUCCUUGGCGACCGGAAGCGACGACGCCGUCGCACCACGAACAGUCGACUCGCUUCGAAGGGAGAACACAACUGGCCCGUUGAUCGUCCGCGUGCUUGUGGUGGCUGAUGCGCGGCACUACAUCUACGCCGACUACGCUCGCUUGGCGCUGACCUUCCUGCAGCAGCGGCAGCUGCUGUAUUCGGCGGACAGCACAGCUGCCACGGGGGGCAAUCAUACCUUAACGGGCUACACCGCUCUCCAUGCAGGCGAGGAUCCACCAGGUCGACACGACCGCAACGAUGAGCAGGCGUUCGUCCUCGAGACGAGCGUGGUGCUGGCACCCAGGAACGACAGCGACGCCACCUUUUACCGGGUAUGCCGGGCCUACCGCGAUGGCUUCGGCGGCUCAAAUCCGGCGGACUUUAUCUUGGAUCUGACCGUGGCGCCGCUGUCAUCGGCAGUGAUCAAGUCAUUCGCCGUUAACCAGGACGUGCCCAGUGUUAGCCUGAUGUGUUGCGGUCCCACCGAGCGCAUUCAGGACGUCUUCUCGUCGCUGCCCGCCCGGGAGCGGGCUCGUCACCUGGUGUUGACACCGCCGUCUAAAGUAUGGUUCCGGGUGAUCCGCGACUACGUUGUCAGCGAGAACAUGUCAACUGCCGCCGUCAUCAUGGACGACACUUUCGAACUGGAGCGGGCGCAGCGGAUGCUACUGUCGGACCUGGGUUGCAAACACAUCAUCCUCAGACUCAACUUCGAUGACGAACUGGCGCUGCGCAACUUCACCACCAAGAUGAUCGUACAGGGCAUCCGCAACUUUUUCAUCAUCGCCAAACCUGACAAUGCAGGGAAAUUUCUCGAAGAAGCAUACAACCUCGACCUGGUGGACAGCGGUCGACGUCCGCACUGGUUUGUUAUCAGCAAGGAGUACGGUCAUGUGCAGUGUCCACAGUGCAGCAGCGGACAAAUCGUCAAGCUGAAACCGAUGAUCCAGGAUGGCGAUCUGCGCUUCCAGUUCACCACUUUCGUCAGCGACCACUCCGACAUGCGCGACAUUGCUCGUUACGAGAACUAUAACGAGAUCGAUAUGCUGUACGUGCUGGACGGCAGUCGUGCCGGCCUUUCCGCUUACGUGGCCGCUGUCAGAUCACUCAACAACAGUCACGACACUCAACCGGCUCAAGCCGGCACUGUCGACAAGCAGGAGAUAACCGUAACGUGCGACGAUAAACCGCUAGUCGGCGGUAGCCCGACAAAGGUCAAGGUAAACUUGCGACAAGGUAAACCGACGGUAGAUUUGCUGGGUUUCAUCAGCGGGCAGCAGUUGCGGGGAGUGCUGGGCCAGCUCAUCCCCGGCAGCAAACACAACACCAGCCUUAUAGAUGCCAAACUGGCCGUCGAGGAGCAGACCAUCCUCUACGAAAUUACCAACAUCACCAAACAGUACGGUACAUGGAGUCAUAGCGAGGGCUUGCGCGACACCCGUGGCCGCUUUCCGCGGGCCAUCACUUCUAAACGCCUUAGGGUCACCAUUCUCGUAGAAGAGCCUUUCAUUUUCCGGACGUUGCUACCGGAUAACGACACGGCAUCGAGCAACCGACCGGUGUUGGCUGCGCUACGCAAGCCCAAGUACAACUACACAGGCUAUCUCAUUGAUCUCAUCCAGCGCAUCUCUCAGGAGCUCAAGUUUGAAUAUGACCUUUACGAGGUGCCAGAUCAGCAAUUCGGUGCGGUGGACGAAAACGGCGAAUGGAACGGGCUCAUCCGCGAGCUAGUCGACAAGAAAGCCGACAUCGCCCUGGCGCCGCUGUCGGUAAUGGCGGAGCGCGAGAACGUGGUGGACUUCACCGUGCCCUAUUUUGAUCUGGUGGGCAUCAGUAUCCUCAUGAAGAAAAGCGGCCAGGAGCAGUCGCUCUUUAAGUUUGUCACGGUUCUGGAGGCGCCGGUCUGGGGUUCCAUUCUCGGCGCCUACCUCCUGACCAGCCUUCUCAUGUUCAUCUUCGACCGCUACAGCCCCUACUCGUACCGCAACACCCUCCUCAAGACACAGCAGCAGCAAUCGGAGGCCGCCGGUAAGCCGGCAGCGGACGCCGACAAACCCGAGGGGGCUGACUUUAAUAAGGCCGAUCUCAUGCAAGCGCCACCCGCCGGAUCCCUCCCAGCCGAGCGCGACGACAUCCACGAUGAAUACGGCACCCGGGUCUUCACCCUCAAGGAAAGCUUGUGGUUCUGCAUGACGUCGCUGACACCUCAGGGCGGUGGCGAAGCCCCACGGAACUUAUCGGGUCGGUUGGUGGCGGCGACAUGGUGGAUGUUUGGCUUUAUUAUCAUCGCCAGCUAUACGGCCAAUUUGGCCGCCUUCUUGACCGUCUCCCGCCUGGAGACACAGAUCGACAGUCUGGACGCCUUGGCCCGACAGUACGGUAUCCGAUACGCGGCACUGGAGAAUUCCGCCACCGAGACCUACUUUAAAAGAAUGUGGAAGAUAGAGGAAAAGUUUUACGAGAUUUGGCGCGACAUGAGCCUGAACGAGAGUAUGAGCGACAAGGAGCGUGCGGAGCUAGCGGUUUGGGACUAUCCAGUGUCGGACAAGUACACGAAGCUGUGGUUGACCAUGAAGGAUUUUGACAAGCCCAAGACUUACGAGGAGGGCGUUGACUGGGUUAAGGCUACCAAAGUUCUGCCGUCCGGCGAGAAAGACGGCUUCGCACUCAUCGGUGACACGGCCAUCCUGCAGUACAAGGCCAACCUCGACUGUAAUCUAACAAUCGUCGGCGAAGAGUUCUCGCGCAAACCCUACGCUCUGGCCGUUCAAGAGGGAUCUCCGCUGCGAGACCAGUUGUCGGGCGUAAUCCUGAAGUUGUUGAAUCAGCGCGAACUAGAGCUAAUGAAAGAGGAAUGGUGGCAGACGCGCAACCAGAAGAGCUGCCAGAACAAUGAGGACGAGAACGCCGGCAUCUCCAUCGAGAACAUCGGCGGCGUCUUCAUCCUGGUGCUGGUAGGCACGGUGCUGGCCUGCGUCAUGCUAGCCUUCGAGUACUACUGGUACAAGCGUCGCGCUCAGAAACAGCAAGCCGACAUCAGUCUACCGGGCGGAACGGCAGCGGCCCAGGGCACUGCCAAGCCUGCAAACAUUAACCUGCAGCGCUACAACCCCAACCUCAACACCAACCCCGAUCUUAACUUCCACAACGUCUUCUCACAGGCCAACCUUAUUCCGGUCAGCAAUAGUCCUGAACUCGACGCCACACCCAAACAUCUCGAUCCGCAACGCAACGCGCACUCUCACGCCGAAUAGCAACGGAUGAUCAUGUACUCGUUUGCUGUUCGGUUUUCGUUCUGUUCGAUCCGAUAAUGCUGAUAUUUGCUUAGUUCUCUGUAAUCAGAUAAAAUGCUUACAAAUUGUUCAUUA